GAAAACGUUUUUGUUUCGGGAACAUCAACGCGCCGUAACUGUGCUGUUAACUGCUGUACUUUGAUAUAAACUACAUAUACUGUUAUUUCCCUUUAUUUCUGAAUGUCUGUGUGGAGUCAAAGUCAUAACUUGGCGCAGGUGUAGUUGAAGGCUAUGUGGCGUGAUCAUGUAGCAUUCCGAUAAGCAUUCCGUCUUUCCUGUCGGAAGCGUGGAGACUUGAGGAGAGAGGCGAGCCCCCGAACAUGAUCUCACGGAGCGGGAAUGCGAGGAGCCAUGAGCUGGUCGGGUUCCCACGGCGGGCUGAGCUGCUCUGGGUCCGGGAUUAACCUGCUCUACCUCUCGCUGCUGCUCUGGAGCUCCUGCUCUGGCAUGGACGGACUGGCUGAUUUCUCAAAAUACCUGUCCCGGAUCACUACCAGUCACUCUGUGCAUGCGUGCGACGGGCAGCAGUUGCGUCUCUUCUGUCCACGCCACUCCACCAUCUCUAUCCAGUCGGCGUUUUACGGACGUGCCGACGCACGGCUCUGCACCAACGUCGACGUGACGGCUGCGGACGCCAGAGCGGCGAACUACAGCUGUUCCGCGUUUACUACCCUACAGGUGUGUUUGUUUUAG